UUCCUGUAGACGGUGGCCUGGCAGGGACCGAAGUAGUGAGAGGCAAAUGUUUUUUUUGGCUUCCGCUUAGCAACGCCUUGUUUGAGCCUUCCCCUAACAACGGAGGAAAGGGAAGAGAAGAAGACACCAUGGCCGGGAGAGCGGAGGGAGUGUUCGUGCUGCACGGGAGGAAAGCGGCGCUCAGUGAGAAGCCAUACGAGUUCCUGAGUAAUACACAGAAGACCACAAGCAGUCAUAAUCUCAGCUAUCAAGGGUCUGCCACCAAUCGCAGAGUGUACUCUAACCAUGGCCAACAACUUAUACCAAAUGACACCAACGGUAACACAUUGUCUCUGUACUCCAAAGAGAACAUUAGCAUUGAUGACCUUGAGAACAAUCUGAGGAAAUUAAAGGUUCAGGUAGAUAGCCUGGCCUCAAGUCUAAAUUUGGAAACCAAGUCGGACUAUACAAACAUGCCAGAAUGGCCAAAGCAUAUGAGCAGUCCAUCCUUUGGAGACUCCAUUGAUCGAGGUCAAGACUCUGCCUCAAGCUCUGAAUGGUUUUUAAAGACAAACCACCUAGGUAAACCUCAUGAAAGUUUUUCUACAGUACACAGUUCAGGAUUCCCAACAUUUUCAAAGUCCUCUCAAAGCCGCCCAGUCGGCAUGGUAGGCAGCCUGUUUUCAGAAAUGGAAUCUUCUCUGUCGCCAUCAGACAUUGCAUAUGGAGAAUCUGUUCCAGUGAAGCUUGGUGCUCCUCAUGUAGUUGGUGUGAAGUCUCUUUUACCUCCAAGAUUUCCGGUGCGUUCUCGAUCCCCUGAGAGAACCAAAGUUUCGAUAGUACGAGGAAGAUCGCAGUCGAUUGAUCGUUCACACUCCUUUUCUCCUUCUUCCAAGAAAACUAGAUAUCUUAGAUCACGUUCUCAAUCCCCAAAACCUAUCUGGAGGCCAAACUCUGCUAAAGCCAAUGCGUGUGGCCAGCCACCACCAAGAAUAAAAUCCAACAUUAAGACAUCGUCUUCCAACAGGCAAUCACGCUUACGGUUUUACAGACCAGGGUCUUUGGCAGCAAGGUCCUUUACUCCUCCAAGGAAAACCAAAAGCAGUCUUGGCUACUCCUGGAGUCCUUAUAGCAUUCCGUCAUCUGUCAUAACAGCACCCAGUGCAGAAGAGAUCAGUGAAAGGUUCUUGAAGACACUGGCUGGAAGAGACGUGGGGAUUUCUGUAGUGGAGGCAUCUCCCUAUCAGCAAGAGCUGACCCGAUUACGACUAGAUCGUCUUCGUGUGGAGGAGGAGUUACUGCUGGAGCUCAAAAGACAGCAAGAAAUGGAACGUACCCGAGGACCAAAGCCUAAAUGGUAUGAGAUGAAAGGCUCACAGUUCCAUUACGAAGCUCGCAAGAAUAAUGAAUUGCUGAAGAGCAGCAAGGAUUACCAGUCCAUCUACAAUUACCGAGAGGAUCUUUCUGCUGCCUCGAGAGAUUUUCAGGAGCACCUAAAGAUUACACACUUGGAGCCCGUGUAAAUGGAGACACAAAGUAGCUUCUCUUUACUGUAACAGUGUGGAAUGCUGUUGGAUAGUCAAAAAGAAAUUGUACAAAUAUUAAAAAAGAGAUUGGUGUGCUAAAUCCAAUUCUCAAGGACUGGAAUCCAGUAUCUGAUGAUGUCUGGGGUUGAGAUUGGUGUGUGUAAAGAUGAUCUCAGGGUUGUUGCGUGUAGGUUGUGUGUCCGGCUGCCGUAAUCCAUGGCAUUGGUCUACUACAAAUCACUCGCUUACAUAGAAUGCUUUCUUAAGCUACUACUGGUUCAAAAAAGGAUCUCAGCAAAGAUCUCUUUUACUGCAGUUACUCAGGAGCACAGCUAUUUCUAGAUUGUCGCAAGGAAAAUCUGUCCCAGAUCCAUCCUCACUUGACCCCAAAGUGGGCGUACCAUGCCCACAAAUGACCAUUUCCAGAUGAAGACCUAUCCAAUAGGCCUCCAGGUUGGAUCCUGUGACAGGUGAAUUUCUUGAGUGGUUAGGCUGCAGAGUUUAUUCAUAGCCACGUCAUUGUGGAUCAAUGGGCUUCUACACCAUCCACAUGAAUGUGUCUGAUAUCAGUAUGGCUUAUUCAAGAGACGCAGGGAAGUGAAAGCAUUUCAAAUUUUAUUUUUUACAUGAAACUUAUAUUGGCAAUGCUAUCAUAUUGUGUGUGUUUUUUUAAUUUUUUUUAAGAACAAGUCCUAAGAUGUGUAAAUGGCAAUGAUGUUUAAAAAUGCCAAUACUGUAAUUAAAGUACAGUAGAACUA